CAACCUCCAGUCGACUUUUCCGGUAUCAUGUACGCAGAUCGCGAAGAGGCAGCCUUGAUCAAUGGGAGAAAAGGCCGCAGGAUUGAUUACAGUUCCUCAAAUGUGGGGUCUUCUGGGUCAGCUUCACCUCUGAACAAGCGUCGAUCUUUGUCGCCACAGGAUAAACGCCAUGACUCCAAGGCUCGCGACUCAGCAGGCGCUGAAGAUCGUGAGAGGCAGCUGCAGGAGCAACUCAGGAGGCGUGCUAUGAUGUCCAAGAAUCGUUCAAAGCGUUCGCCUCGAUCGUCACGUUCGCUUUCACGUUCGCCAUCCCGCUCACCAGGCCCUAUUGGGGACAAGAGGAGACGGGGCUUAUCGCCUCGACCUUCUCGAAACACCAAUGGCUAUGCUACCUCUUCUCGAGACGGUCAUGAUGACAAUCGCUCCCCUCGUGACAGUGACCGAGCCCGUGACAGGAUUAGAAGGCGAAGGGGCUACGACGACGACGACGAUGAUCGAAGAAGUAGCAGGCGCUCAACCCAUUCGGUCAGCAGAGCCGGAGAUUCAGAAGAGGACGUCGACGAUGAGUAUGAGGGACGUAGGAGGAGACGUUCGCAGCGGUCAGAUCUGCCCAAUGACCCUUAUGCUCGCAGGGACGCCGACCCAUACUAUGAUCGGCAUCACCCCUACUAUGGCCGCGACCCGUAUCAUUAUGAUCAUUACCAUCGAGGUGGACCUCCCCGCUACUAUGACGCCUAUGCUCGAGACCCAUAUUAUGAUCGACGUCGGCACACCAGAAGCCCGAGCCCCCCACCUCGACGUGGAGGUGGGGCAGGUCGAGGCCGCGGUCGUGAAGAGAGUAAGCCAAGGACCCCUGACCCCGACGACUACGAGCUACGGUCCAUCUUCUGCUCACAGCUCGCUGCCAGGCUCGGACAGCGCGAUCUGGGCGAAUUCUUCGAAGAUAAAUUGGGCGAGGACACUGUUCGUGAUGUGCGCAUCAUUACCGAUCGGGUCACUGGCCGUAGCAAAGGAAUCGGCUACGUAGAGCUGAGCGACGAAGCACUAGUUGAACAAGCUCUUGGCCUUUCUGGCUCAUCCCUCUUUGGCAUACCUAUUCUUAUCCAGAGGACUGAAGCUACCCGCAACCGUACCGAAAGCGGAUCCAAUCUCGAUGGUCCAGCCCGACCCAACCUCGACGGCGGCUAUUCUGCCCUUGACACGGGCGCUUCGCGGCUCCAGACGGCAGCCAAUUCUGAUGCGAGGCUCUACGUUGGAAGUCUCAACUUUAAUCUCAACGAGGAAGAUGUCAAGGCCGUUUUUGCUCCAUUUGGCGAUAUUGAAAACGUUGAUUUGCACAGGGAGCCAGGCACGAUGAAGAGCAAAGGAUUCGCUUUUGUUCAGUUUGCCACGCGCGAGGGCGCCGAAAAGGCCAUGCAACACAUGAACGGCUUCGACCUGGCUGGACGUCAGAUUCGCGUAGGUCGCGUCAACGCGAGGGGCCCUGUCUCCGUGGGUGGCAGUGGCGGCGGUGCCGCGUCGUCAGGGAUCGAUACGUCGGGAUCUGGCGCCCAAACCAUCUCUUCCUUCGAUGAGGGAGGCGGUGGCGGGCUUAGUGCAAGCGGCCGCGUUGCCUUGAUGGAGAAGUUGGCCCGCUCGACAGAGACUGGAGCAUCUUCUCUUCCCCAGCGCCCUGUCGAACAGCAACGACCAGCAUCUAUUCCACAGGCCGUGAGUAGGGCUGUCCUCCUCAAGCAUAUGUUCAACCCCGAGGAAGAGACGGAACGCGACUGGGACACGGAGCUGGCAGCCGACGUCAAGGAGGAAUGCCAGACCAAGUAUGGCCCAGUGGAAAAGAUCUACGUCGACAAGGACAGUUCUGGCGACAUCUGGCUUCGUUUUGCAGAUCUCGACGGCGCAAAGAAAGGCAUCGCGGGUCUCAAUGGUCGUUUCUUCGGUGGACAAUCAAUCACCGCCGAGUAUGUCAGCGAAGGCAUCAUGAACUCCGUAACUGGGUGAAGUGGCAGUCUGUUCCUUCGUCGACGCGAGUCUUUCUCGCUCUCCUUUCUUCCCUUUUGCCAUCAGCUUCUACCAUCACAGCGCUAUCCGACAAUUAUCAUCACAAGAAUCGGUGAGAGAAGGUGCGCUCUCUCCAGUGCAUUGCGACAUGUGUCGUCUUCUCAAAGCCUCUCCUCUUCUUGUCCACUUCAACUCGCUUCUGUUCGCAUCUUUCGAUCUUCCUCCGCUUUAGAUCAUGGACCAUGAUCGGCAGCAGAUAGGUGGUACCCGAAAAGAGCAUAUGUUUCCUUUUUACCUCAAUUCUUCCCUCUUUUUCCUCAGGUUCAAUGUGAUUUGAUUUUUUCUGACA